UGUAUGCAAAUGAUUGUAGCCCUGUUUCCUACAGCAGUGCUUCUGAAAGUGAAGUACUGCAGACGAGAGGAAGGGGGCGCAGUCAAGAAGCUUUGAGAACCGCCCAUCCACAGCACCUGUGAGAGUUGUGUGUGAAUAUUCUGCAGUGUUGGUGGAAAACAAGCUGCAGCUUUGGACAGUUAGGUUAUUGAGAUCACUGCGAUGUCACCGUACAAGCUGAAAAUUCUUCCACUUGCUUUGUUUCUAGUGGUAAGAGGCUGUGUGGUCCAGUGGUUAAAGAAAAUGGCUUGUAACCAAGAGGUCCCCGGUUCAAAUCCCACCUCAGCCACUGACUCAUUGUGUGACCCUGAGCAAGUCACUUCACCUCCUUGUGCUCUGUCUUUCGGGAGAGACGUAGUUGUGAGUGACUCUGCAGCUGAUGCAUAGUUCACACACCCUAGUCUCUGUAAGUCGCCUUGGAUAAAGGCGUCUGCUAAAUAAACAAAUAAUAAUGCGUUUGAGUGAGUUUGUGGUCCCAGUUGUAUUUGUACAGGACUGUAUUAAAGGAGACCUUGAAUCACUGCCGCUGUGCUGCGGAGGGUUUAGAAAUCGAAUUGCGUCUGUCUUUAUUGUGUUAAAAUAAAGCCAUUUUGAAUUAAACUAGGGACAGCUUAACUGAGACAUGCUCUAUCUACAGCGACGACAUCACCUAGAAUUUUAGGAUUGAGAUAUAAAAAAAAAAAAACUAGAUGAACAUAAACAUAAAGAAACUACACAAUGAUAUCACAAAAAAGAAAGCAGUAGUUUUUCAUGUUAGAUUUCAAAAUUUCUUUCCAGUGUGCCAGUUUUUUGCAUUUAGUGUGUGGAAAACUACAAAGCUUCAUGCAAAUCAACAUUUUGGCGUAACAUUAUUCAGCAGGUUUCAUUUCGGUGCUUUGAAGCAACAUGUGUUAAUUCUAUAGGGUGGUGAGGCAAAAGGUUUAGCUAUAGCUGUGUAUGCAAGGUCACACAAUCGACAAAAACAAAACCUAAAUAAAAUGCUGCUCACAUGAAGGUAAUGAACAUAACUGUGGAAAGUGUUCUUUGGGGUCAGAAUGUAAUGCAUUUUGUGGCUGAUGGUGGAAGCAGUGCACCCUGGGAGGCGGGGUGACACUCCCCCGCCUUUUAUUUAAUUUUUGUAUAAUACAUCACUCUGCUGUGAACUUGCUCAGCACAUCGCUACAGUUGUGUACUUAUAAGCAAUGUGAGUACGAAACAGCAGAACUAGGAAGAUAAUGUUACUGUUUCUGACCGGGACAAAAACAUGAAAACUGAAGCCCGGCAAGCCCGGCUUUACCGGGGCGUCUGGUCACCCUGGUCAAGGAAUCCAUUGCCGUCAGCUUCCAUCCGGGUGUUUCCAGCAGGAGGCGCCAAUCCGCUAACGUGACGUCACGACGCGCUCGUCUCCAUGGGAGCAGGGAGGAAGCGGAAGUGUGUGCGGGUUUGUUUACAUUGUGUGUGUGGGACUGCGUGGGGUUGUUGAGCUGCAGCAGCAGAGAAACUUGCUAAAUAAGUCAAGUGCUGACUGAAUAACAAAGAGAGGCUCCCAAUAUUAUUCAUAAUAAAAGCGUGAAUACAGAAAAGAUAUCAGUCUCAAGCUAACAGUCAGUGAAGAUGGACGUCAGUGUCUCCGUGUCGUUCUUUCAAGACGAGCUCGCCUCUACCAUCGAGCACGCAGUGAAAGCGGCUGUAGACACCGUCUUGUGCCAAAUCACAAAAGUUGUCGGCGGCAAAUUCACUGAAUUCCGAAUGGAAAUGGCUGGAAAGGAGAAAGAGAAUGAAAGUCUGAAGCUGAGAUUGGAAAUAUCAGAGAGCGAGUUGAAAGCGGUGCGGGAAUGCAUGAACGCUGCAGAUGCAGACAUUAAACAACCUCUCAGAAACAUGAACCCCGACUGCAAUGAACAAGACUUUCAGAGGAUCGAGAACCAGGGAUUAUUCACGAGAGUUCAAGAUUCUGCUGAGAGACGUGCUUUCAGUGAAGCAGAGGAGGGGCCAGUGAUGGAAGCUCUUUACAUGAAAGAGGAAAUCUGUGAUCAGGAGUGGUGUGGAAGAAUAAUGGAGAUUACAGACCUGACAAGUGCUGAAGGUAAAGAGAUCCCUGAACUUGAACCUGUCCACAUUAAAGAGGAGGCCGUAGAGCUGGAGUGUGAUCACAUCACAGAGGAAGUUAGUAAAGAAAAUAAAGUCAAUAAUCCUGUGAAUAUAGUUAAGAUGGAAUCUAGCCAUUGUGAUUAUUGUCCACCUGAAUUGGUCUGCAUGAAACCCAAUCAGCCUUUCUCUGAAGACACUUGUUCUAGUGUUGGAGAAGAGGACAGUGUGCUGGGGUCCAUUCAGAGGAAACAUCACCCCCCUCAGGAAAGAGCUGCAGAUGGAAAGGAGGAAGGAGCGAUGCCGUCCACGAGCAGCACAGCCUCAGAUCUAGGAAGACGCACCUCCACUCCAGCACCCCAGAACAAAAUCUCUACUGAUGGGAAACUGCAGCGUAAGCAGAAACACAGAGAGUCGACACCCCAAGAUGAAUGGGAACGCAGGGGCAAGAAGAGAACGAGGAGAAAACACGUACUGCCGCUAGCCUCCGAACUUCGCCACAAACGUUUUGAGCAGAAGAGGAGUGGAAAGAAGGUGCCGGCAGCUGUGGGCAGCGACCGCGGCGCAGGCCGCAAGCGACGCCAAUGCCAGGUUGCCAAAUGCAACGGGAACAAGACUGUUGAACGCUGUGCCCAGUGCGCGAAGGCGGUGUGUGGCACGUGCACUGCCUACGUGGAGAAGCGCAGCUUCUGUGUGGAUUGUACAGACGCCUAGGCUUCUUUGAGAACGUAACCAUCUUGGUUUCUGUUCGUGUUCUGCUCCCUUCUCUGAGACUACAAAGUGCAUACCGGCAUUUUAACACUGCGUUAAUUCAUGUGGAGUGAAGUCCAGCCCAAACCAAACGGCUCUUUGAGGGCCUCAAUUAGCGGACACAAAGCUGCAGGGGGCGCUGGUGAGAUGGCGUUUUCCAGAGCUCGGUGCACCCACUCGCUAUUUCUUUGGGCUGGGGGAGGAAGAGUGCAGAGAGCAAAGUGAUUGCCUGAGGACGGAGGCUGGGCAGAAGCUGACUGGAGUUUUAUAAAGGAACCAGGCGGUGAGGUCGCCGCGUUUCCUGCAGAGUCUCCCUCAGCUGCCCGAAGAGGAAGCCAGCGGCAGGACAGAUCGUGCCAGCUUGGAGAGCCCUGUAUAAACCACCAGCGGCAAAGAUCAGGGGAUCUGCAGAGGAGAAUCUUCCAUACCAUCAUGGCCAUUCGCUCCUUUGUGAGCAUCAUAAACCCUGGGGGGGACAGAGUCCUGUCCUUUCUGCACACAGAGGAGAGACUGUUUAGCAUUGCUUUUUUAAUACUGCACCAGAUUAAACCCUGGGUUUACUGCUCUGAAAGGGUUGCUUGUUUGAGUGAGGUUUCUUUUCUGUGAGAUGUUUUUAUUUGUGGUUUUAAGUAACUUCAUUAUAACAAACUCCCCCCCUGUUCGGUCUAUCAGGUUGUUCAUUAUAAUAGGGUGUGGCAAUUUGCUGUAUCAGAAUAAUGAGGAAACGUCCACAUUGAAUUGAACAUCAUUAUAUAUAUAUAUAUAUAUAUAUAUAUAUAUAUAUAUAUAUAUAUAUAAUAUAGCAACCAGAAUUAUCCCGGGUUUAAAAGGCAUCUUGUAUGCAGACAGGCUAAAAGAAUUGAAUCUAUUCAGUCUUGAACAAAGAAGACUACGCGACGAUCUGAUUCAAACAUUCAAAAUCCUAAAAGGUAUAGACAAUGUCAACCCAGGGGACUUUUUUGACCUGAAAAAAAACAAGGACCAGGGGUCACAAAUGGAGAAUAGAUAAAGGGGCAUUCAGAACAGAAAAUAGGAGGCACUUUUUUACACAGAGAAUUGUGAGGGUCUGGAACCAACUCCCCAGUAAUGUUGUUGAAGCCGACACCCUGGGAUCAUUCAAGAAGCUGCUUGAUGAGAUUCUGGGAUCAAUAAGCUACUAACAACCAAACGAGCAAGAUGGGCUGAAUGGGGCCUCCUCUCGUUUGUAAACUUUCUCAUGUUGUUCUUAUGUUCAUAUAAAGUCUGCAUUCUAAAGAAAUUGUGUUUCCAAAAACAGUGAAGUAUAUUUAAGUCGAAUGAAAUGAUUUUUUUUUUUUUUAAAUUUCCAGGCUCCACUGCAAUUGAAACUGAGAAUUCAAGAAUGCACGAUUGCUAAGAAGAGGAGGAGCAACACAACCAGGCAGUGGAGACACAAAAUAAAGCAGAACCCAGAACUGUAUGAAGAGCACAAGAGGAAGGAGGCGGCCCGGGCGCGUUUGUACCGCUUAAACCAAAGCCCAGGAAAAAAAGAGCUAGAAAAGGAGAAAGCCAAAGAGAGAGCGAGAAAAUGUAGAGAACGACAGAAGAAAAUAAAGACGUUAUCUUUCCCAGAAGUCAGCAGUGCGUAGCGUUUGCAUUCCCGUAUGCUAAUUCCCCAUCCCGGGUUUUAUAGAGAAGAGAAUCUCGGGAUUUGGGAAAUGCUUUUGUUUUUUAUUCAUUAUUUCCCUGGUUUCGUUAUGUGUGCCACUCUGUUCCAUUUAGUAUCCAGGCAACCAAACCCUGCUGCUGAAAUUAAAACAAAAAAAAUAAAUCAAUUUGGAAACUUUUUAAAAGAUAAAUUUAUGUACCGACAAAGGAGACCAGGCAGGUGAAAAGCGAUCUGUCCGACGCCUUUAGCGUCUGAGCGAUUUCCGCUUCAUGAGAACGACUAGCCCAAACUUGGGUGCGAGUCGCUGUGCUUCUGAACAGGUGAUCGAGGCAGGAAGACAACCCCGAACCACUACAGGUUAAUACAGAGCAUAUUAUAAGUUUUUGUUCGAACGGUAUGUUUUAACAAUGUGUUUAGUAUUUCUUCUGGCUUUACAUUCUUUAAAACACAGUACAGUUAUUACAACAUUUUAACACACAUGCAGUUUCACAAAUGUUCAAUUUGUAUCCCAAAGAUCAGCCUGCUUCCAGUAGCUGUAACAGACCUGGGUCAGUUUCUUCUCUCAGUGGGUCUGUCAAAACCACCACAGGUGUGUCUUUAAUAGCCUGAUACCUGCAAAAACUUAAAUCUUGUUAGCAGAGCGUCCAUCUCUGCAUUCCCAUUCCCAUCAUCAGUGGGAAGACUUCAAAUAAAACUGUUUCUAUCAAAGAGACAUCAAUCUCUGCCGCAUAAGCCUUUCACUCAAAAAAGGUGAUCGCACCUUGUGCAAGGGAAGACAGGUUUAAGAUUCAUUCAUUCCUGACAAUAUAUAUUAUAUAAUAUUGUAACCAGGCAGGGAGGGGGUUAAAAUCCCCCCCCUGCCAAAAACAUGUGCGCAUGCAUGUUUGUUUAGUUUAAUUAUUGUUUUAUUAUUAAUUAUAGCAGCAGUGUGGAGUAGUGGUUAGGGCUCUGGACUUGACUGGAGGGUUGUGGGUUCAAUCCCAGGUGGGGGACACUGCCGCUGUACCCUUGAGCAAGGUACUUUACCUAGAUUGCUCCAGUAAAAAUCCAACUGUAUAAAUGGGUAAUUGUAUGUAAAAAUAAUGUGAUAUCUUGUAACAAUUGUAAGUCGCCCUGGAUAAGGGCGUCUGCUAAGAAAUAAAUAAUAAUAAAAAUAAUAAUAAUUAUUCCCUGUUCCUGGCUAUCAUUGUAAAUUAGAGCCAGGUGCAGGGUAUUUAAGGGAAGCAGCCAGUCUCUUUAGGGCUGCUGUGUGUGAAGAAGCCUGCCUGUACAGCUGUAAUUAAAAACAAAGGUGGUGUGUAAACCUGUUUGUUUUGUGAGUAAACUGUGUUUGUUUUGUUUUGUUUGUGCCGGUAAACAGCUUAGCUGUCCGGCUUAUUACAGAAGGUUCCAGUUUGUGUUUUAGUUCGUGCUUGUAAGAGCUAGGGGUUUGUUUUCAGUUUUCAUAUUUUUGUUAUUAAAAAUAGCGCAUCUGCACUUUAAAACCUUCAA